AUGUCAUCAUCACCAUUAACGGAUGAUUUACGUUUUUUUCGUUUCUUUCAUAUUGCAUUACAUUUUCUAUUCAUUCUCAUAAUAAUACGAUCAUUUUUUGAUUCAAUUCUUCAUUAUCAAUUAUUGGAUGAAUCGAUACGACAAACAUUACUUCAUCAUGAUGGUGAUUCGAUAACUGUAUGUGAAAAUUAUUCAUUAAUAAUUGAAGAUUUUAUCAUCAAAAAAAAUGAUUCCGCACGAUCAAUCAUAUUCUUUCUGGUGCUUACAAUGUUCAUUUUUGUUUCAGCAAUGUUAAUUAUUGGUCAAAAUUGGACAAUCAUCACCCUGUAUACAAUAUUUCAAUUAAUGUUGUUAACAUUGAAUUUAUUCAUACCAUUUUUAUUACCAUUUACAAGUGUUACUAUCGUUGUCGCUAGUACAUGUUUAAAUUUCACGUGUAUCAUUUUCAAAAUUCGUCUUAAUCUUGGUCGCAGUAGUCGUCAAAUUGAUGACAAUGAUGAUAAAUCGGAAAUCAUUCCAACGGAUCGUCGGCUUGAAAUAAGUGAUCCAAUACCAUUAGAUGGUCGAUCGAUUGUUCAAUUUCAGCAACAACAUCAACAUAUAUCACCAUUUGCUAUACAACAUGAACAGAUUCCAUUUUUACGUUCAAAUCAUCAUCAUCACCGUCAUAUUCAUGGUGGUGGUGUCGGUGGCAAUGCUGAUGAAGAAGGUCGUACAACAUUUUAAAAAAUGAUUGGUUUUAAAUUUUU